GCUCAAAGCCCUGGAGCUGCUUUCUCCCGCUUCAGCCUGAUGUUGUGCAUUUAGGCCGAGGCGAUUCGUCGCUGUGGGGAACCAGCGCUUUGCUGGAUGGUGUUGAAUUUCCUGGGUGGGAGGAGAGAAGGAAGAUUCCAGCUCGGAGAGAGUUGCGCCUCCAAAUCCAGGCUGCUCUAGAUCUCUCUCUUUCUCUCUCGCACGCGCCCCGUUCCCAACCCCACGCCACAAAACAUGCGCCCUGGGGACAGCCCUAAUUCAUCUUGUAUCCUUUCCAUUGCCCAGCCUUUCGCUGCUAAUAUUUACUACCCACCACAACUGUCUGCACACCGUCAUUAUUGGACAGGUAUGCCAGGCUCCACAUUAUUUCCUGUGAACUUCCCAAGCAGCAGCCAUCUCUUGGGCAGCAUGCUCGCCGGUCCGAGCCUGGUCCCCGCCUUUAAAUUCCAGUUGCGGCGAGACGCGAUUGACUGGAGGCGGUUCAGCGCCAUCGAUGUGGAGCGGGUGGCUCGCGAGCUGGACCUUGCCACUCUGCAGGAGAACAUCAACAGCGUCACCUUUUGCAACCUCGAUGCAGAAAAGUGCCCCUACUGUCAGCAGCCAGUUGACCCUGUGCUCUUGAAGGUCUUCAAGAUGGCCCAGCUGACCAUCGAGUACCUGCUGCACUCUCAGGAGUACUUGAGCAUGAGCCUGGCCCUUCAGGAAGAGCAACACCAAGCGACCCUGGAAGACCUCAAACGCGUCAAGGAGGACUGGGAUAAGCAAGCAGAAGAGCUGAAGGGUGUCAAGGAAGAGAGCAGGAGGCGUAAAAAGAUGAUUGCCACGCAGCAAUUGCUCUUGCAAGCUGGGGCCAAUAACUACCACAAGUGCCAAUUCUGUGACAAGACCUUCAUGAACUACUCCUUUCUUCAAGCCCACAUGCUGCGCAGGCACCCAGAGGUCACUGCAGCAGGUGAGCAUAGAGGGUUAUUUCAUUAU